AUGGCCGCCGUUGCCAGCAGCGCCCGGCCGACUGCCGUGCCCCUGCCACCGCAUCUGAAGCGGGCCGCGAGCAAACCGACGGCCAGCACCAAUGGCAAAUCCAACGACGACCUGCCCACGCCGGUGUUCAAGACGCAGACGUCCAGCAACGCUCUGCCUCAGCGCCGCAAGCGAAAACAGGAGACGCCCGUAAUGCAAUUUACACGCUGGCUGGUGAACAACCAAACAGGCCUCUCUGCCAACCUCUUUGCCCUCCUUUUCCUCACACACACGCUGUUCCCCCGCGCGCGCGUUCAUACUACCAAGUUCUUCACGCUGUCCUAUUUCAACCCGGCCACCGGCAACUACAACCUCGGCAGCGACGACGUGCCCCUUAUCCUGUUCCUCGUCGUCUUCUUCACCGGCUUGCGCUCCAGCACCAUGGACUACGUUCUGGCUCCCUUUGCCCGCAGCCAGGGCCUCUACAGGAAGAAGCCCAUUACCCGCUUCGCCGAGCAGGCCUGGCUCGUCAUUGUCUACACCGUUUUCUUCCCCCUUGGCGUCUACCUCUACUACAACUCGCCGUACUUUUUGAACAUGAAGAACCUGUGGACGCACUGGCCGGGACGCGAGAUGCCCGGGCUCCGCAAGGCCUACAUCCUCGUCCAGCUGGCCUUUUGGCUGCAGCAGAUCAUCGUCAUCAACAUUGAGGAGCGCCGCAAGGACCACUGGCAAAUGCUCACCCACCACUUUGUCACCGUGUCGCUGAUUGCAGCAUCCUACCGCUACCGCCACACGCCUGUCGCCAACGUGAUCCUCAUCCUCAUGGACAUUAGCGAUUUCUUCCUUCCGCUCGCCAAGUGCCAAAAGUACCUGGGCUACACCAAUAUCUGCGACGUCACGUUCGGCGCCUUUAUGCUCAGCUGGUUUGUCUGCCGCCACGUCUUCUACUCCAUGAUCUGCUACUCCGUCUGGGCUCAGACUCCCCAGAUUAUGCCGGACGGCUGCUUCAAGGGCGUCGCGGCUGGUGCUGGUGCGGCCGGCGCCGUCGGCAGUGGAAGCCCGCUGGGCGUUCCCGUCGGAGCCGACGAAAUCUCGUCGCUCACCCCGACCAUCUCUAAGCUCGCACCCUUCCUCAGCAACACUACUAGCAACAAGCUCGCCUUCUUGAUCGAACCCAUGGUCCACUCCGACGGCGCUGUCUGCUACAACUACGCCGUCAAGUGGGGCUUCCUGUCCAUGCUCCUGUUCCUGGAGCUUAUCAUCAUCGUCUGGUUUUUCAUGAUUGUCCAGGUCGCCAUCCGCGUCGUGCGCGGCAGCGGCGCCGAUGACAGCCGCAGCGACGACGAGAACGGCGACGAGGAGGAGGAGGAAGAAGAAGCGGACAACGACGACUUUGUGAGCGGCGGCGAUGGGAAUGGCCACACUCAGCAAGCCGAGCCUCUCGAGGAAGAGGUCGGUGUCGAGGCGCUUGACCUCAAGGGUUGGGAGCGCCGGACAGGUGUCAAGCGUGUCGCGUCGACCUCGACCGGUGUCAGCCUGCCGGGCCACCACAGCGACCGCAAAGAGCUGUUGGGCCGUAUUGGCUGCGAGAAGCAGGUCGACUAA